AUGCCGCCUUCUCUGAUGCCGACCCCGCUGCCUCGCGUCGACCAUCGCCGCACGCCCCUCUUCCCUCUCCUCUCUCCCUUCUCUCCCCGCCAACGCUGCAGGCCACGUCGCUGGCCGCCGCUCUUCGCGGGACAGCUCCGCCCCGAGCCCAUGCCUCUCCCUUCUCUCUGCCCCUGCCCCGGCCACUGCGCUGGCGCCGCAGUACGCGUGCUGGCGGUAGCCUGCCGCGCGUCGGCCGACCACAGGCCACCGCCACCGCGUCGCGUGCCUCGCUGCACUCCACAGCUCGCCGUCGACCCGCGGUGCACACCCGCGCCCGCUCACAUGUCCCUCGCCCUCACCUUAGUGCCGCCUCCCCCCCCAGCUAUAAAUAGCAGGCCAGCGCUCCCUCCUUAUCCCUUUCACCACAUCCGCCACCGCCGCCCCGUUUCUCGCCUCGCCACUGCUCGCCGUCGACCAUACGCCAUCGCCGACGAGCUGCCGAGGAGGACCUUAAGCCGACGCUGCCCGCGUGCCACCAUCUGUUGGCCCGGAAAGCUCGACGGGAGCUGCCUUCGCGCGAAGCCCGAGCCGCCGUCAUUCGUCGUCCCCACCGCCGACCGCAGCCGCCGCUUGCCGCCGUCCGACCUCACUGGGGAGGUGCCGCCCGUUUCUCUCCGCGUCUUGUUCCCCCUCCGGCGACGAACUGGCAUCGUUUCCGCCACCGGCUGCCGUCAAGGUGCCCCCUGCCAAGUCCGCCAGUUCUCAAAGUUGGCCGGCGUGCCUUCGUCGUUGUGA